AUGCGUUCUGUUUGCAACAGACACGGUGCGCGCAAGAUGCUCACAAACCUUCCUUGGAGCGCACAAAUUACUCAUUUAAACACACGUAAUAGACGCGCAAACACAAAAAAAUACAAACAUACACACAUCUCCACUUCCAGCAUCAUCAUUUCUUUAUUGAACGAAAAAGAUUUCCCGUUCUUUUUCAAUAAUUUCUAUUACACACUUUUAAUCACUUUCCAAGCUGCCUUUUCUACUUUUCAUUCUUUUAUUAUCAUCAUCUUCCUUGUAACACUCUUCGUCUCUCUCUCUCUCUUUUCACAGCCUUAUGUCAUUUUGUAUCUUUUUCUUCCUUACAAAUUUGUCAAUUGUUUUCAUUUAUUCAUUCGCUUUUCUUUCGUUUUUUUUUUAUUUCCCCUUAUAAAUAUAUUCUCUUUUUUUUUUUCUUUUUUUUUUUCGUUUUUCAUUGCUUUUUUCCUAUUCUCUUUUUCGGUUUUCUUACUUAUUUUUUCACCCCUCCUUUUUCUCUUUCCUCUUUCUCUUCCAGCUUUCUUGUUUCCACUCUUUCUUUUUUUCGGUGUCGAACUCUCUUUCUUUACUUCCGCUUUCACCUCCCUCUAUUUUAACUUUCCCCUUUCAUGCUUUUUCUCUCUUUUGCAGUCUUCUUCUUUUUUAUUCUCUUUCAGCCUUUUUUUAUAUAUUUUUAUCAAUUUCAUUCUUCUUUCUUUUUCUUUUCAUAUUUCUCUUUCCUCUUUCAUCUUUAUUCUGUUUCGAAUCCUUUCCUUUUUUUAUGACUCGAACUCUCUUUCUUUACUUUCGCAUUCACCUCCCUCUAUUUUUAUUUUUCCUUUCUUUCUUUUCUCUCUCUUUCAAUCUUCUUUAUUUUUACCAAUUUCAUUCUUCUUUCUUUUUUCUUUUUCAUAUUUCUCUUCCUCUUUCAUCCUUUUGUCUAUUUCCAAUCUUUUCUUUCUUUGUGGGAAACUUUUUUCUUUUUCUCCCACUUCCAUUUCUCUUUCUUCUUUUCCUCUAUAUUUUCUUCAGUUUUCUUUAUCUUUUUAUCAAUUCCAUUGUUUUUUUUUAAUCUUUUUCACCUUUCUUUCUUCCCCGUUCCUUUACAUUUCUUCUUCUUUUCUCGCUUUCACUUUUCUUCUCUUUCCUUAUAAGUAA